CGGGGCACAGCACGGUCUUUGGUACCAAGACAGGAAGGAAGCCUGCCUUAGCACCCCAGCUGUGCCACUGACCGGGAGCUGCCUGAGAGCCGCAUGAUGGCGGCAGCUGCGGCCGUGGUGGUGGAGGUGAGCGUGAGCAGCACUGAGAGCAGCAGCAGCGACACAUCCAGCACCGGCGAGGAGGAGAGGAUGAGGCGCCUCUUCCAGACCUGCGAUGGCGAUGGGGACGGCUACAUCAGCAGGAAUGACUUGCUGAUGGUGUGCCGUCAGUUGAAUAUGGAGGAGUCUGUUGCUGAGAUCAUGCACCAACUAGGAGCAGAUGAAAAUGGGAAGAUUUCCUUUCGGGAUUUUACUCGGUGCCGCAUGCAGCUUGUGCGAGAAAUCAGGAAAGAGGAAGUGGAACUUUCCGUGAAAUCAGAUGACUCUUGUAAAAAGAAGUUGUUAAGGGACAGAAUAGCCUCCUGGCCAACGAGCAGUGAUAACAGUUUGGGUGCCUUAUCAGGUGCUAGAGAAAGCUGGGAAUAUGAUUCUGGUGCAAGAGACCUUCAGAGUCCUGACCUGCAGAGCCAUUCUACCCUACAGAAGUUCUUGGAGUAUGGAGGCAGCAGUAUGAGUCAACAAGUUGCUCUGCAGAAACUGCUAACGCAGGCCUCCAAUCUUAGCAACUCAGUUGGAGGAAGCUAUUUAGAGCUUGCCAACACUGUUCCCAGCCUUGGCAAGACAAGUCUUGUAAUUUUGCUGGAGCCAAGACAGCUCCAUUUAGCAGCCCUGGCAUCACUAAAGGGAGAUAUAGUGGAGCUUAAUAAACGUCUGCAGCAAACAGAAAGGGAGCGGGACCUGCUGGAAAAAAAAUUGGCAAAGGCGCAGUGUGAACAGUCUCAUCUAAUGAGAGAGCAUGAAGAUGUACAGGAGCGAACAACACUACGCUAUGAAGAACGAAUCACAGAGCUUCACAGCAUUAUCGCUGAAUUAAAUAAGAAGAUUGACCGACUACAAGGAACAACAAUAAGGGAGGAAGAUGAAUAUUCCGAACUACGAUCAGAGCUCAGCCAGAGCCAGCAUGAGGCUAACGAAGAUUCACGCAGCAUGGACCAGGAUCAGACUUCUGUUUCAGUACCAGAGAACCAGUCCACUAUGGUCACUGCUGACAUGGAUAACUGCAGUGACUUGAACUCCGAACUGCAGAGAGUGCUGACGGGGCUGGAGAAUGUAGUCUGCGGGAGGAAGAAGAGCAGUUGCAGUUUGUCUGUAGCAGAAGUGGACAGACACAUUGAACAACUCACCACUGCCAGCGAACAUUGUGAUCUAGCUAUUAAGACAGUAGAGGAGAUUGAGGGUGUGCUGGGACGGGAUCUGUAUCCAAACCUAUCUGAAGAGAGAUCUCGGUGGGAAAAGGAGCUGGCUGGUCUGAGGGAAGAAAAUGAGAGCCUCACUGCUAUGCUGUGCAGCAAAGAGGAGGAGCUGAACAGAACCAAGGCCACCAUGAACGCUAUCCGGGAAGAAAGGGACAGAUUGCGCAGAAGGGUUCGGGAAUUGCAAACACGUUUACAGAGUAUCCAGGCAACAGGCCCAUCCAGUCCAGGUCGUCUCACUUCCGCAAACCGACCCGUGAACCCCAGUACUGGAGAGCUGAGCACAAGCAGUAGCAGCAAUGACAUUCCCAUUGCCAAGAUUGCUGAACGAGUGAAGCUCUCAAAGACAAGGUCAGAGUCUUCAUCGUCUGACCGACCUGUCCUAGGAUCAGAAAUCAGCACCAUAGGGGUGUCUAGCAGUGUGGCUGAGCACUUGGCCCAUUCUCUCCAAGACUGCUCCAACAUCCAGGAAAUCUUUCAGACACUCUAUUCACAUGGAUCUGCUAUCUCUGAAAGCAAAAUCCGAGAGUUUGAAGUGGAAACAGAGAGGUUAAAUAGCCGUAUUGAGCACUUAAAAUCCCAGAAUGACUUGUUGACAAUAACGCUGGAGGAGUGCAAGAGCAAUGCUGAGAGGAUGAGCAUGCUGGUUGGGAAAUAUGAGUCCAAUGCCACGGCACUCAGACUUGCACUGCAGUACAGUGAACAGUGCAUAGAAGCAUACGAGCUGCUGCUGGCUUUGGCAGAAAGUGAACAGAGUCUCAUUCUUGGUCAAUUUAGAGCUGCAGGCGUUGGGUCUGUUGGGGACCAAACAGGUGAUGAGAACAUUACCCAGAUGCUCAAGAGAGCUCACGACUGCCGGAAGACAGCUGAGAAUGCAGCAAAAGCCCUGCUGAUGAAGUUAGACGGCAGCUGCGGGGGAGCCUAUGCGAUCACUGGCUGUAGCGUACAGCCCUGGGAGAGCCUGUCAUCCAACAGCCACACCAGCACUACCAGCUCAACUGCAAGUAGCUGUGAUACGGAGUUCACAAAGGAGGAUGAGCAGAGGUUGAAGGAUUACAUCCAGCAGCUGAAGAAUGACAGGGCAGCAGUCAAGCUGACCAUGUUGGAGCUGGAGAGCAUCCAUAUUGAUCCCCUUAGUUAUGAUGUCAAACCUCGUGGAGACAGCCAGAGGCUAGAUCUGGAAAAUGCAGUACUGAUGCAGGAACUCAUGGCAAUGAAGGAGGAGAUGGCAGAGCUUAAGGCACAACUGUACCUGCUAGAGAAAGAGAAGAAAGCACUGGAGUUGAAACUCAGCACUCGAGAGGCCCAAGAACAGGCCUACUUAGUUCACAUUGAGCACCUGAAGUCUGAAGUAGAAGAGCAAAAAGAACAGAAAAUAAGAUCCCUCAGCUCCACCAGUAGUGGCAGCAAAGACAAAUUGGGCAAGGAAUCCACAGAUGGGACCACAACACCAUUAACCCUAGCUGAGCUGAGACCAUACAACGACAGUGAACUGGCUGCAGAACUGACAAAUGCACUCAGACGAGAGAAGAAACUGAAAGGGAGAGUGCAAGAGUUAGUGAGUGCCUUAGAGAGACUCACGAAGAGCAGCGAAAUCAGACAUCAGCAGUCUGCAGAGUUUGUUAAUGACCUGAAAAGGGCAAACAGUAACCUUGUGGCAGCUUAUGAAAAAGCAAAGAAGAAGCAUCAAAACAAACUGAAGAAACUGGAGUCUCAAAUGAUGGCCAUGGUUGAGAGGCAUGAGACUCAAGUGAGGAUGCUCAAACAAAGAAUAGCAUUGCUGGAGGAGGAAAACUCAAGACCUCAUACCAAUGAAACUUCGCUUUAAAAUUUUAUAUAUAUAUUUUAUAUAUAUAUAUGAUGACAAUUUAGUGCCAUUAAAAACCAGUUGGUUUUUUUUUCCCUUUA